AUGGAAUGGAAGAACGGUCUUGAAAUCGAACGACAAGAGAAGAAUAUGGAUGGAUCAGUCCAAGGGCUUGAGCUGGAAGACAUUUGGUAUAUUGAUGGCAAUGCUCGGCACCUGGAGAGACAAGCCUCCGUCAUAACUGCUGAUCGUAGCAUUGUAGGAGUUCCCAUCAGGGGUAGGGAUAACAUUCUCUCACGAGAGGUCACGAAGGAGUGGAAGAUGAUGGAGACGCAGGCAGGGGUACGGCCAGGGCCAGACCUCAGUAAUUCAAAGAAUCAUGGACCGAUUUCGAGAGUUCAAGGAAGGCUCGCAGUGAACAGUUAUAACCAUCUCGAUGAAUCCUUCUACAAAGAACUUAGUGAAGAAGAACGAGCACGAGCAGAACUCGGACUAUACGACUUUGAUCACCCAUCCGCAUUCGACUUCGAUAAACUGGCGGACACGAUUUCUCGUCUGGAGCAGGGGUGCACGAUGUCAUUAUCAUCCUGUUCUCCACAUUUCUUUAAUCCUUCGUGUGACAAAAAUGGAGUCACCGUAGGUCCGUUCCUACCUAAAGUCAUUGAUUGCGAGUUCUCGUCUCCUGAUUUCGAGCCGGGACUACUUCAGGUCCGGGCCAAAAAUGUGUAUCCUUUCAGUGAUGGCAUGCUAUGUCUUGAACCAGCAGACGUUAUCAUUGUCGAAGGAAUUCUGACAUUUUAUGAUGAACGAAUCCGCGAGAAAUUCACUAUGAAACUCGUUGACGCAGAUGCAGACGAACCACUUGAAGAAUUCGCCAACCGACUCAACGCCUGA